CUUGCAGUUCCACAAUUCGAAGCAUGACUGGAAAAAUCCAUUAGGCUUUCGGUCGGUGGAAGGUCUAGUUCCGACUGUAUAUGCACUGCACCGCGGUGGAAUGAAUCAAGACACCGUAUAAUAUAUACGCAUAUACUGCAUGCGAUUGCUCCAAAAACCAACCGAAUAUAUGUACUCGUCGUACUCGUAUCCGUAUCUCGCAGAUACGCGUCAAACGUUUGUUCGUGCUGAGUGCUGCGCGUCGACUGAAGCGAAAAUACAAAAGCGGCCGCCUUCGAGAGUGAAAUAUAAAAUUUAGAAAUCGAAUUUGCUCUUCACGAACCGCCGAGCGGGCUGCAAGCUUGGAAGAAAAAUACAGAGUGUGUGUGUGAUAAAAACACACAAAGCGGCCACAUGACAACUCGGCGUUGUAUCUUUAUCUUCUGGCAAAAGGGGGUUGGGUCGGUCGCCGAUCGGUGGACCUGAUAACAGUCAGGUACAUACUCAUGUAUCUACAUAUUGACCGCACUUCCUCCGUUUAUCUAACCGCCUCGCCUCCUGGUUGUUGCCCAUGUCUUGCGUAUUUAUAGCCCGAAUUUGUUUACAACAAUCCCAAAGUCCGUUCGUCAGCCGGCAUUUCAAAGAAUGCCGCCCACACAGCCAAAAACGAGAGGAGAGAAAAAGCGCCGAAAACUUUUGCGUUAGUGGUGGGACUGUUAAUGCUAGCGCACGGCCUGGACUCUCAAACAUAUCGAAACGCUAUCGUUUUGUGCCAGAUAUCGAUUAUUUUUACAGUUUUGGUGAGCGGUAACACUAGCAUACAGAGCUUAUUCCUAUGCGACUGCAGAUGGCGCCACUGUGGAAGAUCAUGAAAGGCGCGAUGUAAAAAGUCUACAUGCAAAUGAUGACAUUGGCGGCUACUAUCACAGCGCCUCGGGCACUCCGGACAACACGGUGCGAGGUCGCUACGGUUCGCGGAGUCCGGCGAGCGGGCAGAUCGAGGAGACGGUCUACACAGCCGGACCACGUGGAUUUCGCGUGAACGGACCGAAAAUCCAUCGGAAAAUGGACCUGGCUCAGUAUCCGGUACUGCCGCGGGGAAGUCCGGACGAUCCGCUGGCCGAUCCCUUCGACGAUCCAUCCUACAGCUUUAGUUUUCGCACUCCGGAUCAGUCGCGCAGCGAGGAGAAUGAUUCCGGGAAUAGGAUAAGAGGUCUGUACUCCUAUUUGGACGACGUGGGCGAGCGGCACAGUGUUCGUUAUGCAGCUGGAGCCGGAACCGGAUUCGAGAUCUCCAACGCUGUGCCGGACAGCCCAUCUGUUGUGGCGUACUCCAGUCCUCUGUACACGUCCCAUCCCAAAGCACGCGGCAAGAUGUCUGUGCAAAGGGGGCCGGCUGGAAGCUAUAAGCUGAUCGCCUCAGGUUCGGAUCACCGACGGGCAGAAAGUCGAGCACCCGAUGGCCUGGUGCGAGGAACCUACUCCUUCCUGGACGACAAGGGCGUGCAGCGGACAGUGGAGUAUAUAGCUGGAGCAGGAAUUGGCUACCGGGUGGUGCAAAAUCGGAUUGGUCCUGGAACCCAUAACAAUCCCUCUGUGGCUGAUUUUCGUUUGACAGAUCCAGAUUUCCGACUGGCUAAUGAUUUUGGCAGGGGUGCUGGUGGUGGCUUAGGUCCGAAGGGAGGUGGUGGUGGAUCAGGUGGGGGAAGUGUUUCGGUAGGAGCUUCGGGGCCAAGUGGUGGUGCAGGUGGAGCGGGAAGGGGCCGUACUCCAAGCAGACCCGGAGGCAAAGAUUACCUAAAGCCGGCUGAUGGAGCAAGAGAUAGGAAUCGUGGAGAUGGUGAUGCUGGGGCAGCUGAUGAAAAUCUGGGACACCAUGCUGAUGACCAAGGGGAUGACAUUGGGCUUGGCAGCAGCUCCUCUGGUUCCACCAACUUUAAUGGCAAAGAAGACAGAAGAGGGUUCCCUGCGGGUAGUCCGCAACGGGGCAGUACUAGAUACGAUGCCGGAGGUGACAGCUCUCAGAGAGGUGGUUCAGGUAGCUCCACGAGAAACAAUGUUAGUGGGUCCCGAAACAGAAACCGAUUCGGCGGCGUUGGUGGAGUAAGUGUCUCCUCUGAGCGGGGAGCAGGAAGGGGAGGUGCUGCCGGUGGUGGAAGCAGUCGUCGAGGAGGUGGAGCUGGAGCCUCCAGGGAAGGCGACUCCGGCCUGGGCUACCUGCCGCCCACAGGUGGAUCGGGCACCAGUGCCAUGAGCGGACCCGGGGACAAUUACCACCUCAACGAUGACGAUGUGGGCAGUUCACUGCCUCCUCUGGUCACCGCCAACCACCGAAUUCUAGAGAUCGACAGGGAUCGGGAGUGGGUGCAGCGACACCGCGACUCCACCGUCAUCAAGAACGUGGGUAAAUGGUACGUGGGCCUGCCGCCUGGUCAAAGUGUGCGUGCCCAUGUCCAGAACAUCGACAUAAUACCCUUGGGCGGAAGGAUCGGACUUUCGCCGUCGGAGGCACUGCGUCAGGAUGAGAUCGCCGAGCUGAAUGCCUCAAGGGAGCACUAAGCACCCAUUGGAUCUGUAGAUCUGUAGUUUGUAGUGCGUAGCUCUAAGUGAUCAGUGUUGAGUAACCGAAACUGGGUUGACUCCACAUGGAAACUAAAACAGUAUUUAAAGCGGAAUACAUUUUUUGCCUGUAUCUGU